GUAAAAUGGGAAGAUGGCCGGCUUUAACAGCAGCGCACUAUAUUUAAUUCGUGGAAUUGUUAGAGAAAUCAGAAAAUCACAACCCAAGGAGCGACGUGCGUGAUCCCCCCCCAUCCCCGUCGAUUGCCCGAAUGUUCCAAGACUUCGUCCCCAUCUUGAGCGCCAAGUCUCGAUGCCGCUGUCGGGCCGACUCUCGGAACUUUGAGGCCUGCCUAGACGGUCGCGGUGCUUUUGUCAGAGCUCUACCAUCCAUCCUGGCGGAAGCGAACACGGGAAGGACGAUGGCGGACCUCCUUCCGCUGAUGAAGGACUGCUGCGUCGCUCUGCAACGGCUGGAGGACACCUGUCCCGACUUCCGGUACCGCAACGGUACCACAAAGAGGCCGGCCUCGCCCAGCGAAAACGGGGACGCCGAGGAGGACGACGAGUUCGGUUCGAUGAGGAAGCGAGUCAAGUACGUGCUGCUCAACGAAAAGGCAGGCCGGUCGCUGAGCAAGAAGGCGGGCUACAACGUCACCGUCGAGGACGUGCAGACCGUGCUGAGGCGCAACUGGCUGAACGACGUCGUCAUCGACGUGUACAUGCAGCUCGUGGCGGAGAUGGCGCAGGAGAAGGGCGGCGCGGGCAGCGUCCACGCGCUCACCACGCACUUCUUCAGCGUCCUCCGCAGCCGGGGCUACAAGGCGAUCCAGAAGUGGACCGAGAACGUGGACCUGUUCUCGUACCGGCUCGUCCUGGUGCCCGUCCACGACCUGGACCACUGGUCCCUGGCUGUGCUCAACGUCGAGGCGAAGCAGAUAGACUUUUACGACUCGAUGGGGCGCAGGAACGAGGACUGCUGCAGGAUGCUGAUGGACUACCUGCGGCGCGAACAUCGGCACAAGACCGGCCGGAAGCUCGUACCUGACACGUGGGACCACAACUUUGUGCGCAACGUCCCCAUGCAGACCAACACGUACGACUGCGGUGCCUUUGUGUGCCUCUACGCGGAGUGCCUAGUGAGGGGAAUCCCGUUUGAAUUCUCGAGCAAGGACCUGCCCAAGUUGCGCUACCGCAUUGCCUAUGAGAUUCUGCAGGGGCGCCUGCUCUGAACUUGUCGUUGAUGAAGCGGCGGGUUGACGAAGGCGUGUUCCGCGUUCGCGUUCAACGAGAGCACCUCAAGCAACGAGACGGAAAGCAUCGUUUUGUUUCACCAGACAAGAGAGCAGGGGGGAAUGGGGCUUAAGGGGACGUGCCACAAAGUCUUCUGUGACAUCCUAGGUGAAGACAUUACAGGUUACUGUGACAGGGUGAUUUCAGCCACAGCAAAAGGACUUGCUGACUUGCCUGUGAUCUUUUUUUGGUAGAAUCUGAUGCGUAGAAUUACUCAUGUGCUGGUUUUUUUUUUUUUUUUUCUGCGUUCCUGAAAUUUAUGCCAACUUUUCCGUUGUCACGAGUGCAAGUGCACCUUCUGCUCAUUUCGGCUCAUUCUAGCCUUAUUGUCGGUUACUCUCUGUGCCAUUACACUAUCAUUCAUUUAAUACAUUGUAAAUUUUCUUAAUUUUAUCUCUUUUUUUUUUUUUUGUUUAUCGCUCACAUCUGCUUUUACUUGCCUCUUCAAGUGCCAGUAUGGACUAAAAAAAUUUUUUGUUUCGUACUGUGGGACAGCAAGCAGUGUGCUAUCUGAUAAGUUUGUAGUUUUGAUAUGUUUGUACCUUUAUAUUUAAUGUUUUUAUUCCUUUACGUUUAAAAAUUACGUUUAGAUUUUUACGUCUCGCCCGUAGUGUUUUCAGCGCAUUUAUCUGCAAAGGUACCAUUGGAAAACUGCUUGUUGGAUGUGUUACUGUGAUAUAUUUUUCCGCAGAGUUUUUAGAUCAGUCACAGUGAACUUCAUGGAAAAUCAUGAUCAUGGUUGUCUCACAACGUAACCCCACAAAUUAUCACUAUCAGUGAACUUGAUAUGAUUGUGUCACACAGAAAAAUCCAGUGUGUUCAGACUUGUGUUUCAUAAUGACUUCAUCAUUAUUCUGUUGAGAUGUUGAUGGUAAAGGAUUAAUCAAAGGCAAUAUUGUUGUCUUGUUCAGCAACAUCAGAUAACUAUCCUGCUAGCUAUUGUAGACCUUCCUUCCAGCAUGUUCAAAUCCCGUGGUAACGAAAAGUUUAUGUACCAGAACAAUUAAAACCAAAGAGGCAAGGUUUUAGAAGCACUGUGUUCAUGUUGUUUCGUGUGUACUUAAAGAAGAAAACAAGCCUUCAAUGUCACUACCUCAGUGUGAGAAAGUGCCAACACUAGAAAUGUUAAGACACAUAAUGUGCUCCGGUACUGUGUAACUGUACAAGAAGCGAAAGCUUCGGUGUGCUCUUGUCUGAAACGUUUCAGCAGUGUCACAUUGCACUGUGCAGUGACUUCACUUGAAGCAGUUUGGAGCAGUUGUUUGGGCGAAUCAAGAAUCCUUCUACAGGGUGUCCCAGGAAACGUGUCAUUGAAUUAUAAUAAAAAAACUACGCCACCUAGAAUCGUGCGGUCAACAGCAUUUUGUUCUUAUUAGGUUUUUGCCACCUCCUAAUGUGAAUGUCAUGUACUCCAAGUUCAAUUAUGUAAAUAUUUGCAAACUGAACUUGGAAAUUUGCCAAGUAAAGGUCACUUUUUACCCCACCAAUAUGAAGAGCGUGCCGAAUUAACUCAAAUUCAUGAUAAUUCACAGUGGUAUUCACGAGCUAUCCCAUCGGGAAAAAAUAGUCGAAUAUCAUGCUUUUCGGAGCACCGGACCAUAGGCAAAAGCCCAGUAAGAACAAAUGCCAUUAACCCCAUGACUCUAGGUGGUGUAGUUUUUUUAAAUUAUAAUUCAAUGACACGUUUUCUGGGACACCCUGUAUGCUGUCAACACACCUUAACAGGAGAAGCUAUCUUCUUUGUACAGUUCUGAAAGUUGACGCAUGUGCUUAUAUAGCACGUGCAGGUGUUGUGUUUUAAGAGGUCACAUAUCUGAUCCUGGUGCCAACUUGUGGAAGAACUUUCAGGUACCUUUUUAGUUGCAUUACUGUAAACUUCAAGUGCACAAUAAGACGCAUUAAAUCAAAGCUGUUUAAGGUUGUUCAA